CCUCAGGGGCGGGGGAGAGAGGGCUCGCGGGCGCGGGAAUCCCUCCUUUUCUGAGAACUGGAGAAAAUCGGGGGAGGCCGUGCCUCCCACCCACAGUUCUCCACCGAGUGAAGUGGAGGGGAGAAGAGCGAGGUUGUCAUCCACCCCCACCACGAUGUGCAGCUCGGGAGUUCCUCCCACACGUCCCCGGCCCGCGUGGCCCUCCCACGGAGUGAGGCCCGGGGAUCCUGUCUUCCUCCUUGUCAACACUCCCACUCCCCGAGAAAUGCAUGUUCCCCAACCCGGCUCCCCAGCGGGGGACUCGGGAUUCACCGCACCCAUACGGCCACGGAGGAGGGAAUCCUCCCACGCCACGCCGAUGUGAUUUGGGGUCGCUCCCCCACGCACCCUUCCUCUCCUGUCCCCCCUCCCGCGGCCCGGCAGCGCGCGCGCUGGGAGCAGGCCUCGGGGAACGUAACAGACGCCCCCAAGAUCUGCUGCCGCUCCGGGAGGUGACAGCGCCCCGGGGUCGGCAAACAAGCGGCCCUAGACUGCACGUUGCUAGCAGACAGCAGUGGGGACAACCCGGUGGAAGUCGAAGGAGAGGGUAGAAACUAGGGAAGACCGCCGAGGUGGCUCAGAGACUGGGUUCGGCAUGCCUCUGCUGCAACUCACUGGUGGGCCCUUCACAAGCAGCAACAGACAGCAAUUGCGCCUGGGCCUGCUGGGCCCUCCUGCCAUCCCGUGGCCAAAGGGAGUGCUUUGAGACCAUUAGGGAAUUUAUCUGGAAUUUGGUGCAGGUGUUUUCUAUCCCCUCAACUUCAUUCCUCCCUUUUCACCCCCAAAACUGCACAACCUGGACCCCAAAGGUGUGGGGUUCUCGCCUCCCGCGCAGCCGCCUUGCAACUGCCAAUGUCCCCAGCCACAGCUUUCGGCCGGAAUCAGCAGGGUCAGGACCCCUGGGGGCGACAGGGGUGUAGAUGGCAAAUGAGAGUGAGCGCGACACAAAGUUCUCGGAAUACUAGACCAGGGAUCCCUGACACGCUAGAAUCCUCGUCCAAGGGACGCAUUCCCUUUCUCCAGUUUCAGGCAGGGUCCUGGACGCGAGGGAAGCGUCAGGAGCGGGUCCGAGAGCACACCUUCCGGGUUCCCCAGAAGUUUCCAGGCUGCAAAGGAACCUCCCCGGGUGUUUUCAAUUGUCUUGCUUCUUGCUGGGGGUGUCGGAGGCCACUUGCAAACACCUACUCCACUCCUGCCCCCCCCCCUUUACCAGCGCGCUCUCCCUAGAGCAGACCUCAAAUAAACACACAGGCUGUUACUGUUUUUCCAACUCCACGCUGCGCGCUUUACGCUUUGCGUUCAGCUGCAUCCCUCUUUCCUUUCUCCUCUCGAAUUCUUUCCUUCUCCACUAUUUCUCUUUCUCUCUGUUUUUUUUUAAGAUCCGCGAGCGGUGCGGGCGCAGCACGUUGGCUGCGGCCCGCUUCCUGCUUUCUAAUGUUCCAUUGUGAGGAGCUUCCAUUGUGACGUCGCGCCCCUUCGGCAGGGCUUUGUCUGUCCAUAUAUGGGCAGCUACGUCACGGAGCUUUCCCGGGGCUCAGAUAAAUAGGCUGGUGGAGUUCCCUGGCUGGGAGCUCUUGGGCAGCAGUGAGCUUGCUAGGAAGCGGCGGGGCUGGUGGUGGUGGUGGUGGCAGCGGCGGCGGCAGCGGCAGAGGCGGCGGCAGCGGCGGUGGCGGCGGCAGAUCGGGGGGCGGGGGGGCCACCGGCGCGCGUCUGUUUGUGAGAUCAACACUGAGGCCGCAUCCAAACCCCUCGGGCCGAGAUCCCCAGCCCAGCACCGCCCCUCCCCAGCACAGUCCACCCCUCCCCCUACGACCCAGCCUCUUACGGCACCAGCUGAGGCGCCCAAGAGGAUUACCCCCCUUUGCCCUCUCUCCCACCCACCCCAGAAAAAGAGAAGGUCCCCUCCCCUGGCCCACCCCUUCCCCUCUUCCCUCCCCUCCCCCCCGAACUUUCCCUCUCGCAUGCUUUUCCCUUGCACCACGGAUCGCCUCUCGGAUGCCGCUUGCCUGGAAGCUGCGUUAGGAGCGAGCGGUGGCGGUGGCGGCGGUGGCGGCGGCGGCAGCUCGGGAGUGCUAUGACCGGCAAACUCGCCGAGAAGCUGCCGGUGACCAUGAGCAGUUUGCUAAACCAACUGCCUGACAAUCUGUACCCCGAGGAGAUCCCCAGCGCGCUCAACCUCUUCUCCGGCAGCAGCGAUUCGGUAGCCCAUUACAAUCAGAUGGCUACAGGAAGGCUUGGUUGGCGACGCCACGGUAGAAGCUUCGGUUCUCCCGGGUGGGGGCAGCCGCCGACCAGAGGGAGCCUCCCACCCGGGAUGGAGCCAUGUGCGGCGUGGAGUCCCCGCGGUGGGAGAGAGAAUGUGAUGGACAUCGGUCUGACCAACGAGAAGCCCAACCCGGAACUCUCCUAUUCGGGCUCCUUCCAGCCAGCCCCCGGCAACAAGACCGUGACCUACUUGGGAAAGUUCGCCUUUGACUCCCCUUCCAACUGGUGCCAGGACAACAUCAUUAGCCUCAUGAGCGCAGGCAUCUUGGGGGUGCCCCCGGCCUCAGGGGCACUCAGCACGCAGACCUCCACGGCCAGCAUGGUGCAGCCGCCACAGGGUGACGUGGAGGCCAUGUAUCCGGCGCUGCCCCCCUAUUCCAACUGCAGUGAUCUCUACUCGGAGCCUGUGUCGUUCCACGACCCCCAGGGCAACCCCGGGCUCGCCUAUUCACCCCAGGAUUACCAAUCGGCCAAGCCGGCCUUGGACAGCAAUCUCUUCCCCAUGAUUCCUGACUACAAUCUGUACCACCACCCCAACGACAUGGGUUCCAUUCCGGAGCACAAGCCCUUCCAGGGCAUGGACCCCAUCCGUGUCAACCCGCCCCCUAUUACCCCCCUGGAGACCAUCAAGGCAUUCAAAGACAAGCAGAUUCACCCGGGCUUCGGCAGCCUGCCCCAGCCGCCGCUCACGCUUAAGCCCAUCCGGCCCCGCAAGUACCCCAACCGACCCAGCAAGACCCCGCUCCACGAGCGGCCCCAUGCGUGCCCGGCGGAGGGCUGCGACCGCCGUUUCAGCCGCUCGGACGAGCUGACCCGGCACCUGCGUAUCCACACGGGCCACAAGCCCUUCCAGUGCCGAAUCUGCAUGCGGAGCUUCAGCCGAAGCGACCACCUCACCACUCAUAUACGCACGCAUACAGGCGAGAAGCCCUUUGCCUGCGAGUUCUGCGGGCGCAAGUUUGCGCGCAGCGACGAACGCAAACGCCACGCCAAGAUCCAUCUCAAGCAAAAAGAGAAGAAGGCAGAGAAGGGGGGUGCACCCUCUGCCUCCUCGGCGCCCCCAGUGUCCCUGGCCCCUGUGGUCACUACCUGCGCCUGAGGCUCGGGCCCCCAGAUCCCCACUUUUUCCCUCCAGUGUCUCCCAACUGCUCGCCUGGAAGCAGCGGGAAGGCUAGCCACGGAGGCGCACGGGCCGCGCCCUGGCCUCUCUCCAUGGACGUAAGGUCCCUUGUUUCCCGUCGAUGUCCCCCGUUUCCACCCUUUAACACUGCCAACGGCCGGGGACCAGGGCAGCAAGAGCCUUCCCCUCGCUGCCCCACCCUUAGCCAAGGCGUGGGGGCUGAAAGGUGGCGUCUAGCCCUCUUUGUUCAGUUCGGAUCGUCUUGAUCCAAGGGCCGCUGGGCAGCGCCAAGGACCUGCGGGGCACUGGAGGCGGGACCGUCCAAGUCUCGCCAGACCCAAGCACCUCACGGUUCCCCCCACGUGUCUCUCGGCUCCCCCUCGAAGACCGGAGAGGGGGAGGGGGUAAGGAGCGCACCAAAGCGCAGAGCUUUCUGCCCGCCGCACGUACGCGCGCCUGCGUGCGGGGAUGCGCGCGAGUGUGCGUGCUCGCGUGAGUGUUAGGCGUGUGUGUGUGUGUGUGUGUGUGUGUGUGUGUGUGUGUGUGUGCGUGCGCCCGCGCACGCGCGUGUUUGAGACUCUUGAGCUGAACGGGGCUGUGUCCACCCGAACUCUUCCCCACUUCGGGUCCCAGGCCACUGGAGGAAUGUCCCAGGCUGGGGAGUUGCACGUGGCCAGAUGAGACGGUCUUCCAUCUGCUCGGAAAUAAUGUUUCUUACAGAAAUGCCUCGGAUGCCGCUGCCGCGGUCCUGCCGCCGCCACUUAGGGUUUAGUCCCCCCAGAACCCCUCCCUUUCCUAGCCAAUCCCUCUUAGGCCUCAGGGCAGUUUUGAUCUGCGGGGAGAAGGAGCAGCCAUCACUGAACCUGCCUUUUUAAAAAACUGUUUCCUCAGUCCCACUUUAUAAAAUAGAUGUUCCUGAGUUUGCCCUCUGCCCUAUCCCCACCUCUUCUCCGUUCUCCCCUUCUAAAACUUCUCCCAUCUCUUUCAAAAUCUUUUUCCAGAAAGGCAGGCCUCAAACAGCCACCCCAUUUCACCAUCUCUUUGUUUUUUUCUUGCUCACAUACCCAUUUCUCCUUUCCACCUUUGAUGGGCAAGCAGGCUCUUCUUUUUUGCCCUUUGUCAUCACCAACACAAACGGUAGGAUUCAAUUCUAUGUAUAUGGUGUGUGUGUGUGUAUAUAUAUACAUGUGUGUAUGUGUGUAUAUAUGCACACAUACACACAUGUAUAUAUAACAUACACACUGUGUAUUCAUAGGAAAAUAAAAUCUCUAAGGUACUUGGCUAUUCAGUGCAGUGCACCGGAAUAAAGAAAAUUUGUAGGCAUACACAGCUUUAAAUGAUGUAUUUUUUAUGAAAAUUUUAACAGAUCAUAUCUACAUAUGUGUGUAUGUACAUAUAUAUAUAAUACAUAUAUAUACAGACAUACAUCUCUGUCCAAAUUUUCCUCAAAGAUAUGGGGAUUUUGGCAUUGAUCCACAUUGAUGAAUGAGGCAUAUCUUUUCCAUACCUGUCUCACUUUCUCCCUGCCCUACCUCACCUCUUCUCAGGCACCCCCUCCUGCCCAGCCCUUCUCCACAUAGGGGUGACUGUUUUGGAGCAGUAGGGAAGGUUGCUCUCCAACACAGCUUUCAGCACAGUCUUGACUGAAUGUACUGUUCCCUAUUAGAGCUAUUUCUCCUGUGGUCAGUAAGUGUCCCAGAGAGAAGGAACAAAGGUCUGGAGUUUACAGAAUGUCUGUUUUUAAAGUCACUUUAUGCGUUUCCCACUUUUUUUUUUUUUAAGGAAAAAAAAGCACCUUUUUUUUUUGGUGGUGGAUAAAUAAUACUAAAAGGAGUCUAGUGAAAGGAAGAAAAAAAAUCAAAGAGCAGGGGGAUUGUGGAUUUCCAGGUACUUGGACAUUUUUGUAGAAGGAGAGGAAGAGGAUGAAGCUUGCCAGGAGGGCCCAUAUUUUUUCAGCUGAAGGGUAAAAUCUUUCUUUGCAGAGACAGUAUUUUGCUGAGUACUUUUUAUAAUGUGAUGAUUAUUAAAAACAAAGAUUUUGGUGACUUCAAAGCUGGAAGGAGGAAUCAGAUGUCCUUUAAUAUUUUUUCCUUGCUCCUUCUGGUUUAUGCAUGGCACUGCAUGAUAACUCUGAGUUUUCCUUUGUUUUAAUAAAACUGUUCUCAGACAUUUAAGCUAAACUAAGAGAAAAAUAACUUUGUUGCCAAAAGGUUGUGCUAUCCAGAUUUUUUAUAUGUCUGCAUGUUUUAAAAAAAACAACAAAAGAAAAUGCACUCUAACUUAUGUGAACUGAGAGAAAAAAAUCAGGUUUUAAACAGGAAAACCUAUGGGGAAUGAUAUUUUUUGAAAGACUUUUGUAUAAAGUUGAGUACUUAGAAAAAGACAAACCAGAUGUAAUAUAUUUUGUGGAUGUUUUUAUUUCUUGGAUUUAUAGUACCUUAUACUAAGGUUAAAAAAAAUAUGCUUGAUAUUGUGAAAAGGUGAGAUUCUUCACCAACAUUUCAUUUGCUCCUUUGUCACAUUGUUAUGCCAAUAUAAUAUAGUUCAUGAAAACAGCAUUUUUAAAAACCGAAAUAUUGAAAUGGUGUCAUGUUGUACCAUUUGCACUGUGAGCAAAUGCUAAUACAGUAAAUAUAUUGUGUUUGCUGACAAUCAGCCGGCCUAUAAUCCUUAUUUCUUGUUUUCAUAGCAUAAAGUUUUGGUUUGGCCUGUU